GGCUGGACCACGAGCUGGCCUUCUCUCGGCUGAUCGUGGAGCUGCGGCGGCUGCACCCAGGCCACGUGCUGCCCGACGAGGAGCUGCAGUGGGUGUUCGUGAAUGCGGGUGGCUGGAUGGGCGCCAUGUGCCUUCUGCACGCCUCGCUGUCCGAGGCGCUACUGGGCUGAGAUCUCGGAUACCAUCAUCUCUGGCACCUUCCACCAGUGGAGAGAGGGCACCACCAAAAGUGAGGUCUUCUACCCAGGGGAGACGGUAGUUCAUGGGCCUGGUGAGGCAACAGCUGUGGAGUGGGGGCCAAACACAUGGAUGGUGGAGUACGGCCGGGGUGUCAUCCCAUCCACCCUGGCCUUCGCGCUGGCCGACACUGUCUUCAGCACCCAGGACUUCCUCACCCUCUUCUAUACUCUUCGCUCCUAUGCUCGGGGCCUCCGGCUUGAGCUCACCACCUACCUCUUCGGCCAGGAUCCUUGACCAGCCAGGCCUGAAGGAAGACCUGUGGAUGGACAGGAGCGGGCAGGCCCGCACAUAUCCACUUGCUGGAGCCCAUGUUUACAGACAGGGACAUACACCAUGCAGAUCCUGAGUUCCUGCUGUAUGAGCAGGGAUAUCCAUGCUUAUGUAUCCAAACACAGAGAACCAUGGGAACUAAUGAGACACAUAUAGAUACUGAGACCUGUGUGUACAGUAGGACCAUGCAUUCAUACCCAUCUGGAUAGGGAGCCCCUGGUAUACCAAGGGAGCCAGUUGUGUUCAAACACACACAUCACAAGCUUGACUCACUAACUCAGGCCUUUCCAGAGCUCCACAGCUUCCCACCCCCUCCCCACCAAACGGGUUCUGGAGUUAAGGAUGGGGGAGGGUAUUAUACUGCCUCAGUCUGACUCCUCAACCCAGCAGCAAUUUGAGGGGAUGAGGGGGAAGAGGAGCUGCCUUUUGGAGGCCCCCUUCACAUGCAGCUAUGAUGCCCUUCCCCUUCUCCCCUGUCCUCACCAUAUGCCUUAUCCCCAUUCUACUCCCCUGCUAUGCAAGUGCCCCUGUGGCUUGUCCCCAACCCCCUCGGCAACCAAGCUCAGCUGGGGAACCAGAGUAAUGUGAAGAAUGCUUGAAGUCAGCAUCUUCCAUUCCAGAAAGGCCCCCAUUCUUCCUUUGGGGAUAUGAUGCAGAAGCUGGUUUCAGACCAGGACCCGCCACUGAGGAGGGGAUCUAGGCAGGUGGGCCUGAUUCCAAGGGGGCCUUCCUGGCCUGGAGAAGGCCUUUUACACACACAACACACACACACACAUCACAGUUUUCAGACAGCCCCUGCUGCAUUCUCUGUCCAUCUUUCUGUUUCUGUUAAUAAAGAUUUGUUGAUCAGUUCCA